GUCCAAUCAAGCUCGACAGCGGUCCGUCCUACAGGUUGGACACGUUGUGGUCGGAUCAGAUUUUACUGCAGCUACCUGGGAGCAGACGGGACGCACCUGAAAGUGCAGUGCGUCUUCAGUCGGCUCCAAAAAAAAAAAAAAAAAAAAAAAAAAGUCCGCUCGGCUUUCACUUUCUGUUGAGAUACUAAUGAAAUAGGAGCGAGGCGGCGUACUUUGACAGAGGAUAAAUAAUUAACCCUGACUACUCAAAGCCGCAGUUUACAGAAGAGCUGACAUGAGGAGCUGAUCCAAGCAGUAGCGGAGCGGUGUGUCUACCUCUCGCCUGUGUCCUGAGACAAAAAAAGGGCCCGCAGGUGUUUUUGUAUUUUUACUUUUUCAUGUCAUUUGAGCUGGAUACAGUGUACUGUGAUCAUGCUGGGAGCGGAGAGCAGACUGGAAAGCCGGCUGAAGAAGCUGGAGUCCCUGAUGAGGAGCCCUCAGUCGGCACUUAACUUGGGAACCCUACUGGAUUCCAUGAAUGCACUGGCUAACGAUUUGAACUACCCUGCUUUGCGGAAAAACAAGAACAUAGAGGCGUUUCUGAACCGAUAUGAGAAGGCGGUGAGUCAGCUGCGGGAGCUGCAGGUGAAGCUUGAAGACUUCGAGAAGGUGAAGCUGAUUGGGAGAGGAGCCUAUGGAGAAGUGCAGCUGGUCCGUCACAAGGCCUCUAAGAAGGUCUACGCCAUGAAGCAGCUCAACAAGUUUGAGAUGAUCAAGCGGUCAGACUCUGCCUUCUUUUGGGAGGAGAGGCACAUCAUGGCCUUUUCCAACAGCCCCUGGAUCGUUCAGCUGUGCUGUGCUUUCCAAGACGACCGUCACCUCUACAUGGUGAUGGAGUUCAUGCCCGGGGGCGACCUGGUUACGCUCACCAUGAACUACGACAUACCAGAGAAGUGGGCUCGAUUCUACACGGCCGAAGUGGUGCUGGCACUAGACGCCAUCCACUCCAUGGGCUUCAUCCACCGCGACAUUAAACCUGACAACAUGCUGCUGGACCAACACGGACACCUCAAACUGGCCGACUUUGGCACAUGCAUGAAGAUGGACUCGACGGGCAUGGUGCACUGUGACACAGCUGUGGGCACGCCAGACUACAUCUCCCCUGAGGUGCUCCAGUCUCAGGGUGGUGAUGGUAACUAUGGCCGGGAGUGCGACUGGUGGUCUGUAGGAGUAUUUAUCUAUGAGUUGCUGGUUGGUGAAACUCCCUUCUAUGCAGAGUCCUUAGUAGGAACUUAUGGGAAGAUCAUGAACCACAAGAACUCCCUCGUCUUCCCUGAUGAUAUAGAGAUGUCUCAGGAUGCCAAAGACCUCAUCUGUGCCUUUCUUACUGACAGGACAGUUCGUCUGGGCCGCACCAGUGUGGAUGAGAUCAAAUGCCACCCCUUCUUCAAGAACGACCAGUGGACCUUUGACAACAUCAGAGAGACUGUGGCCCCAGUUGUGCCAGAGCUGAGCAGUGACAUAGACACCGCUAACUUUGACGACAUAGAGGAUGAUAAAAGAGAUGCUGAGACCUUCCCUCCACCCAAAGCCUUUGUGGGCAACCAGCUACCAUUUAUCGGCUUCACUUACUUCAAGGAGGACCAGCUGCUGAAGGAAAGUAACAGUAGUUCUGAGGAGGAUAUAGAGGACUGCAAGGAAAACUCUGAGGAUAAGGAGUAUUGCUCAGACAGUAAGAAAGAGCUGCAGAAAAAGCUUCAUCAGCUGGAGGAGAAGCUCGACCAUGAGAUGCAGGCCAAAGAUGAGCUGGAGAACAAGUGCAAAAAUGCUACCAACCGUUUAGACAAGCUGGUCAAAGAAUUAGAUAAGGAGAUGAACAGCAGGCAGAGAGUGGAGGCCUCGCUGAGACAGCUGGAGAGGGAGCGAGCUCUGCUGCAGCACCAGAGCACAGAGACCCUGCGUAAGGUGGAGAUUGAGGCUGACAGGAAACGCAGCCUAGAGAAUGAACUGAACAAUCUGAGGGACCAGCUAGAAGAUCUUAGAAGGAGGAACCAGAAUUCCCAGAUAUCCAAUGAGAAGAACAUCCAACUGCAGAAACAGCUCGAGGAGGCCAACGUUGUGCUUCAGGCCGAGCAGGAGGCGGCGGUGAAGCUGAAGAAGAGUCAAGGAGAGGUGCAGAAACAGGUCCAAAGCCUGGAGGUUAGCCUCAGGGAGAUGCAGGAAAAGUGCAGCCAGCUGGAAAAGAGCAAGAUGGAGCUGGAGAAGCAGCUGAUGGGGCUGCAGGCCGAGCUGGAGGAGGAGAGGAGAGACCGCAACCUCGGGACAGAAACUAUUACUGACCUACAGGGACGUAUCUCUGGCCUGGAAGAACAGGUGAAAGAGCUGAAGUCAUCUCUCUCCAAGGUCCAGUCUGAAAAGAAGCAGCUACAAGAGAAGCUCAAUGACCUGGAGAAGGAAAAGAGCAAUCAAGAGAUCGACCUGACGUUCAAGCUGAAGUCACUCCAGCAGAGUCUGGAGCAGGAGGAGGCGGAACACAAGGCCACCAAAGCCAAGCUCGCUGAUAAAAACCACAUCUAUCAGUCCAUCGAGGAGGCAAAGUCUGAGGCUUUGAAGGAGAUGGAGAGCACCCUGCAAGAGGAGCGUAGCCUGAAGCUGCAGGUGGAGGGCAAAAUGCUGCAGCUGGAGAAGGACCACUCCAUGCUGGACUGUGACUACAAGCAGGUGCAGCAGAGGCUGGAUGAGCUGCAGGCACAGAAGGAGAAACUCUCUGAAGAGGUGAGGAACCUGAACUCACGUCUGGAGCAGGAGAUCCACAAGCGGAGUCUGAGUCAGAGCGAGCUGAAGAUGCAGAACCAGCAGGUGUCGGUCCUCCGCUCCUCAGAGAAACAGCUCAAACAGGAGCUCAACCACCUGCUGGAAGUGAAGCAGCUCCUGGAGAAACAGAACCAGGAGCUACGCAGGGAGAAGCAGGAGGCUGACGGCCAGCUGAAGGAACUGAAGGACCAAUUGGAGGCAGAGCAGUAUUUCACGACUCUUUACAAGACACAGAUCCGUGAGCUGAAGGAUGAGUGUGAGGAGAGAAAUAAGCUGUACAAAGAGGCACAGCAGCGACUGGCGGAAUAUGAGGAGGAGAGGGAUUCUCUGACAUCCCAGCUGGAAGCCAGUUUGACCAAGGCUGACUCUGAGCAGCUGGCUCGCUCCAUCGCAGAGGAGCAGUACUCCGACCUGGAGAAGGAGAAGAUCAUGAAGGAGCUGGAGAUUAAAGACAUGAUGGCAAGACACAAACAGGAGCUCAGCGACAAGGAGGCCACCAUCAGCUCGCUUGAGGAAUCCAAUCGCACUCUGACAGUGGAUGUAGCCAACCUGGCCAGUGAGAAAGAGGAGCUCAACAACCAGCUGAAAGAAAUGCAGCAACAGUUCCAGAAAGCCAGGGAGGAGGAGAAGCACAUGAACUCACUCAAACUGUCCUUUGAAAAGCAGCUGCAGAAUGAAAGGACACUAAAAAUUCAGGCUGUCAACAAGCUGGCGGAGGUGAUGAACAGAAGGGAGACGGUGCGGGGAGGCCACCGAAGCAUCGACACCGAGGUUCACAGGAAGGAGAAGGAGAACAGGAAGCUGCAGCUGGAGCUGAGAGCGGAGAAGGAGAAACUCAACAGCACCAUCAUCAAAUACCAGAAGGAGCUGACGGAGAUGCAGGCGCUCAUAGCCGAAGAGAACCAGGUGCGUUUGGAACUCCAGAUGGCGUUGGACAGUAAGGACAGCGACCUCGAGCAGCUCCGGUGCCAGCUCACCUCCCUCAGCGUUCACUCUCUCGACUCCACCAGCAUCAGCAGUGGCAACGACCUGGACAUGGGCGACGGAUAUCCAGUGCGCAUUACUCACUCGCACACCUCUGAAUCAAUGUCCUUCACCUACCAGCGCACACACAAAUCUGUCUGCAUCGACACUCGGCCUAACCUUCGCUCCACCCGCCCUCUCUUUGACUCUGACUCCGACUCUGAGGAUGAAGAAGAAGAAUGUGACGGGCAGGUGGAGCAGGGCCGCCGUCCCCUGGCCCUCACCUACGAACAGCCCCCUGAGCCCGAACCUGCAGACUCCAGGCUGGAGGGUUGGAUUUCACUUCCUACCAAGAACACAAAGCGGUUUGGCUGGGACAAAAAGUAUGUGGUGGUGAGCAGUAAAAAGAUCCUGUUCUAUAACAGUGAGCAGGACCGAGAGCAGGCCAACCCCUUCAUGACCCUGGACAUUGAUAAGCUGUUUCAUGUCCGACCUGUCACUCAAACUGAUGUGUAUCGUGCUGAUGCCAAAGAAAUUCCGAGGAUAUUCCAGAUCUUGUACGCCAAUGAAGGUGAGAGCAAACGGGAACAGGAGGUCGUAGUGGAGCCCACGCCGUUUGGCGAUCGCUCCUCCUACAUCAGCCACAAGGGCCAUGAGUUCAUCCUCACCCUCUAUCACUUCCCGUCCAGCUGCGAGGCCUGCACUCGGCCGCUGUGGCACGUCUUCAAGCCCCCGCCGGCCCUCGAGUGCCGCCGCUGUCACACCAAGUGCCACAAAGACCACCUGGACAGGAAGGAGGAAGUUAUUGUGCCCUGCAAGGUGAACUACGACAUGUCCACCGCCAAAGAGCUGCUUCUGCUGAGCAACUCUCAGGAGGAGCAGCAGCGCUGGGUCAGUCACCUCCUCAAACGCAUCCCGAGGAAACACCCGACGAUGAGUCCUCCCUCGGCGGCGCAGAACACCCCUCCUGAAGCGACGCCACAUUCCUCUCCACGACUCUCGCCACGGCCCUCACCCAGGGAAUCGCCUCGUAUGUCGGCCCACCGUGGAGCUAUAAAGAUCCAGCCGAGCAGACAGCAGCAGUCAUCGGGGAAGACCAGAUUGCUUGAGUUUGGCCUGAAAGACUGGAGUUGGUCGUUGGAUGAUGUCGAUAAUGAUGAUGAUGAUGAUGAUGAUAUGCUCUUCUGAGGAAGUGAAAGAGGGGGGACAGAGGUUAACCCUGGCUGAUCAAAGAUGUGUGUUUUCAUCUUUGUGGAUUAAUAACCGCAGUCUGGACGAAAUGCCUACAUGUGUUAUUUGUUCAGGGAACUAGACUGGAAAAAAAAAAAGAAAAACAUUCACAGAACCUGGCUGUCGUCAUGAGAACUGGGACUGUGUUUGUCAUUUUAACAAGAGGAAAAUGAGCAUAGCCUCUUCAUAUUACAGUGAGACUUCAUCCAAAGAAAAAUGAAAAAAGCUCAAUGCCUUGUGAUUAAACCUGCCUUAUUUUAUAAUCAUCAUGACAAAAACAUGGACAUUUUAUUCUGUCAGAUGCAGUGACUCCCUUGGGUUUAUAUUUGUGAAGUGUUAAGCAUGUGUGUGAACAUUUGUACAUAGGAUUAAGAGGUCUGUCUGUGUAUAUAUACACAGAAAAUGUAGCUCAUAGUAUAUGAUUGUUCUAUUUUCAUGGAUAUAACUCUGCAGCACAUUAUACAGUCCUGUAAAUGUAUGAAUACACUUUUGCUGAAUGGAAGAUUUUACAUCAUUAUGAGUCGAUUUUCUUGGACAUACUUCAUUACACAAAGUAAGACAGAAUAAUGAGAAUCAAACAGAAAUUAUGUGUUUUCUUCUUGCCAUUCAUGACAAGUUCAAAUAAAUUCUGUUACCCUGAAAAUGAAUAA